AUGCAUCGACCAAAACCCCAUAUUCGAGUUUAAUAAGAGAAAGACAUUUUGGAUGGAUUCAGUAGAUUAUAAUAAGUCUAGCCUCUAAUUCAGAUAAAUCCUACUGUAGAUAAAAUUCCUAAUAUGAAAAAAAUUCGACUUUUAGAAGACAGAUACACAUAAAUAGAAAAAGAUAAUAGAUUGUUAUUGGAAAAAAUUACAAAUAUAAUGAAGAGUGAAACUACUCGAGUUGGUAGACCAAAACGUGCUUCUAGUUUUGAAUGUAGAAAAAAAAGUGAAUAAUAACAAAUCAGAAAAGAAAAUCAAAUGUUGUUAUCAAAAAUAAGUAAUAAAAAAUCAUAUUAUUCUAAAAACCAUUUUGAUAAAGAAUGGAAUAAAACAAAAUAAUAUUUUAUGAAUCUUGGAGGUUUACGUAGUUUAAGUUAAAAAUAAAAAGAAUUUAACCAUUCAUUCUACUAUUGA